AUGGCUUCGUCCAUCAUCCAGCCUCCGCGCUGCCCCAACUCUCUCACUUUCCAAUUCGCCACCCCACAACACUCCACCACUAAACCGACCGAGCCCACACCCGAGCUGGCCUCCGCCUUCAACAUGCACUCCAAGCUCCUCGCCGUGCUCAGCCUGUGCGUCGCCGCCUCCGUGCUGCAGGCGACCGACGCUGGUGCCGCCGCUCCUGCAGGCCUCUCGCCGCACCGCCACCUCGGCGCCAAGCAGGAAGACUACGGACACCACCCGCGCCACCACGACCACGACCACGACCACGAUCACCGCAAGAAGCACCGCCACCACGAUCACGACAAGUACUACCGUCGCCGUCUCGAAGACGCCAAGAAGGCCACCGAGUCCUCGGACUACGACUACGGCAAGGACAACUACGGCAAGGACCGCAAGGACGACUACAGCUACGGCAAGGACGACUACGGCAAGGAUGACUACAGCUACGGCAAGGACGACUACGGCAAGGACCGCAAGGACGACUACAGCUACGGCAAGGACGACUACGGCAAGGAUGACUACGGCCACCACCACAAGGACGUCUACGAGUACAAGGGCUACGACGACUACGGCUACGGUCACGGCAAGGAUUACUACGGGAAGGUCUACUAUGGCAAGGAUUACUACGGCAAGGCCUACUAUGGCCAGAGCUACUACGGGAAGAACGACUACGGCAAGGACUACUAUGGAAAAGACUACUACGGCAAGAACUACUACUAUGACAAAAACUACGACGACAAGGACUACUAUGGCAAGGACUACUACGGCCGUGGCAAGGACUACUACGGCCGUGGCGACGACUACUACGGCAAGGACGUCUACAGCUACGGCAAGGACGACUACGACUACGGCUACGGCUACUACCCCGACUACUCGUUCGGAGGCGGCUAUGGAUACGGAUACUACCCGGACUACUACUCGUCCUACGGCGGCGACUACAGCUUCGGCUACGGCUACGGAUUCCCCGGCAACUACGGCUACGCUGGCUAUGGCUACGGCUAUGGGUACCCUGGUUUUGGCUUCGGCUUUGAGUCCGCACCGACGGGUGGCGACGCUGGGCAGCAGGAGACUGGAGGUGCGAGUCCUGUCACCACCACGGAAGACGUUGCCUCCAAGUCGGCGGAGAAGGACAGCAAGACGCCGUCCAAGGGAUCCGCCAAGUCCGGCGCUGCGGACAAGUCCAAGGGCAAGGGCAAGUAA